CAAAGCUCAGAGUGGGAGGAGCCUGGUCUGAGGACACAGAAGUGACAGAGCUGAGGACACGACCCUUACUUAUCCUGACCAGCUUAACUCCAAGCCUAGGGCCAUGGUGAGCGAGUCCCCAGGGCCCGGCGCCCGCGUGCCCUGGCGGCGGAGCGAUGAGGCGCUGCGCGUGAACGUGGGCGGCUUGCGGCGGCGGCUGAGCGCACGGGCACUGGCGCGCUUCCCGGGCACGCGGCUGGGCCGCCUGCAGGCGGCAGCGUCCGAGGAGCAGGCCCGGCGCCUGUGCGACGACUACGACGCGGCGGCGCGCGAGUUCUACUUCGACCGGCACCCGGGCUUCUUCCUGGGCCUGCUGCACUUCUACCGCACCGGCCGCCUGCACGUGCUCGACGAGCUGUGCGUCUUCGCCUUCGGUCAGGAGGCCGACUACUGGGGCCUGGGCGAGAGCGCGCUGGCCGCCUGCUGUCGCGCGCGCUACCUGGAGCGGCGCGUGGCGCGGCCGCGCGACUGGGACGAGGACAGCGACACGCCGAGCAGCGUGGACCCGUGCCCCGACGAGAUCUCCGACGUGCAGCGCGAGCUGGCGCGCUACGGGGCCGCGCGCUGCGGCCGCCUGCGCCGCCGCCUGUGGCUCACCAUGGAGAACCCCGGCUACUCCCUGCCCAGCAAGCUCUUCAGCUGCGUCUCCAUCGGCGUGGUGCUGGCCUCCAUCGCCGCCAUGUGCAUCCACAGCCUGCCCGAGUACCAGGCCCGCGAGGCGGCGGCCGCCGUGGCCGCGGUGGCCGCGGGUCAGGGCCCGGACGGCCUGCGCGACGACCCGGUGCUGCGGCACCUCGAGUACUUCUGCAUCGCCUGGUUCAGCUUCGAGGUGUCGUCGCGGCUGCUGCUGGCGCCCAGCACGCGCAACUUCUUCUGCCACCCGCUCAACCUCAUUGACAUCGUGUCGGUGCUGCCCUUCUAUCUCACGCUGCUGGCCGGCGUGGCACUCGGCAACCAGCGCGGCGCGAGCGGCGAGGACCUCGGGGACCUGGGCAAGGUGGUGCAGGUGUUCCGCCUCAUGCGCAUCUUCCGCGUGCUCAAGCUGGCGCGCCACUCCACCGGGCUGCGCUCGCUGGGCGCCACGCUCAAGCACAGCUACCGCGAGGUGGGCAUCUUACUGCUAUAUCUGGCCGUGGGGGUGUCCGUGUUCUCCGGUGUGGCCUACACAGCUGAGAAGGAGGAGGACGUGGGCUUUGACACCAUCCCCGCCUGCUGGUGGUGGGGCACGGUGAGCAUGACCACCGUGGGCUACGGGGACGUGGUUCCCGUGACGGUGGCUGGCAAGCUGGCGGCCUCAGGCUGCAUCCUGGGGGGCAUCCUGGUGGUGGCGCUCCCCAUCACCAUCAUCUUCAACAAGUUCUCUCACUUCUACCGCCGCCAGAAGGCUCUGGAGGCCGCCGUGCGCAACAGCGACCCCCGGGAGUUUGAGGACUUGCAGAGCAGUGUCGACGGGGUGUCCGAGUCCGAGGUGUCUCUGGAGACGUCCCGUGAGACCUCCCAGGAGGGAAGGUCUACAGACCUGGAGGCCCAAGCCCCCCGUGGGCCAACAGACUCUCAGGUUUGCUAAAGCCAAGGCUUAGUGUCCCCCGUCCCACACCCUACAGUCAGCUGAGCCAGCAGUGAUCCCUCCCUGCUUACGGCAUCGUGGCGGCCUCAUGGCUCAGGGCUGCUCACCCACCUGAGGAGUGACUCCCAGAAGCCAGCUCCGUUCCUCCCGAAGGCCCGGGCCAGGAUCGUGUUGCCCUGGGUUCUUGAGCCUGGAGAACAGCCCAGAGAGCCCCAUGCCUGGACCUCGCAGCUCCCCGGGAAGCAGGCAUGCGCCCAAGAGAAAGCUGGAAGGCCGCUGACGGUUCCUGAGCACCUACCGCCCGUUGGCUCUAGCCUGCUUGGCCCCGUGUCGGAGAAUGACGACACUGACGCCCAGCCAGGUGUCAGGGCUUACCCAGGCGUCCCUGAACUAGUGGAGGAGGAGCCAAGUUCGGACUCCAGGCUCACUGCUCUGCCAAGACUGACGUUCCUCGCACACCAUCUUUCCUCUGCCCUCACGGAGUUCGCAUGUGCUUCUCCGGGGUCCACGGAUCUCCAUAGUUGAUUCGCCGGGCUGAAACCCUCUGUCCGGGCUAGGGGAAGGACCAGACCGGGGAUUCCGGUGGAGGAGUGCUGCCCCUCAGCUCUGGUUCUCUUCCAGGAGCUUCCAACGAGAGUCAGCUCUCAAAGAUGAGCGCUGGGAGGAAGGGGGAGGAGCGGCCUCCUUAGCUGGCGGGUAAGGUUUGUCCCGCAGGGGUCCUGCAGCUUCCUCCCGGGCGGGCUUGAGAUGCAGACUCUGAGGGAGGGGUCCUGGCCUGUCCCAUCCUAGGACGUGAUGUGUGAAGAGGACACCCCCCCUGCCCCAUCCUCAGACCUUGGCCCAUCUGUCCGGUGGUCACAGUCCAUGCCCCAGAGGAAAGUGAAAGGCAGUGGCCAGGGAGUCACUGGCUUAAAGCCAGCUCAGCUCUGAAGUGUUGGCGGCAAGGGGCUGCUAUGCAGGGACGCCUGUGACCCCCGGGGCACCCCCAGACUGACUUUGGCAUCUCUCUUCUUCCAACCGCGCAGGCUCUAGCCCUGCCUUGACUUAUCACCCAGGGUAACUCCUGAGACCGCCUCCCCUUUUAGCCAGCUCCAGCCCCCUCAUCCCUGCCGGGGGCAUCGUAUGCUCACCCGUUGAAUCCUUGCUACUUGCUGAGAAAUUUGGGAGGGAAGGCUUCCCCUAGCCCCGUUCACAUCCUGUUCCUAAAACACCCAUUUCUGUCCCGUCGUCACCUGGAUACGCACGUCUGUGCUGCCCUGCAGAGCUUCAACAUGGAAGGCAGUAUCUGGUUGAACCCAGGCUCGUGAGGGGAAGGUAUUCCCUUCUCACACAUCAGCUGGUUCGUAUAGCACACUGUGUGCCGGGCCUGGCGAGGAAGGGGAAAUGACCAGACAGAGGUCUUGCCCUUGAGAAGGUGUAGACAAGACUGAACAGAAGACUCUCCCGGUUCUUUCAACCCUUCCCUCCUUAUUUUAUUCAUUUAUUUAUUCAGCAAAUAUCUUUUGGAAGAUUCACAAGCUGGGGCUUCCCCCUGUGGCCUGAAGGAAGACAUGUUUGAUUUAGCUGAACAGUGUCUCUCUCUAUAUA